GUCAUCAUUUGUCUUAUUUCCACGGGAGUAAUGCGAGUUUGUGUUAAUGAAGUUGCUUUAAUGUCGCAAUUAAAUGGUACUUUAUUGUAAAAAUAUCAGCCUAUAAAUCGAAUUACUACUACUCGAAGAUUAAUCGUGUGGCUUUUGUACAAUAUAUGUUUCAAGUGUUUACAUAACUUCGAAAAAAUAACUCCAAUCGGCAAGAACAAAAGUUUCAAGUGGUAACCAGCCUAGAAAAACGAAAAAACUGUUGCAGGUGAUUCACGAUGCUCGGACGUGUUCGACUUAAAGAAGACGGCAUCAUGGAUGAGGAGUUGCCAACGUUGCUCGAGACAACGUUUCGUUAUUUGGCCAAGAACUUGCAUGUAAUCUGCACUGUCGAUCCCCUGACCCAUCAGCUCGAGCUCAAGGACGACACCGUCAUCCCGAACGAAAUUUGUGAUAGAUUCUUGCGCUACCAGCAGGACUGCGGCCAAGAUAUUAAUGAUCGCUUCAUACAAAUAUUUCGUGACACGGAAAAGACCCCGUUGCGUAACAUCCGGUUGCGAAACAGUACGAUUACCAACGAGGGCAUGCGGAUUCUAUUGCGACACAAACUCAACUCUCUAUCGAUGUGGUAUUGUAACAAAAUUACAACUGCCUCGUGGAACAUCCUAAUCGAGAACUGCAGGCAGUUACGUUCGCUAGAGUUGGGUCGGUUUGUCGAUAUGCUGAAACAUAGCGAACCGAACGAAAAAACGCCGAUUGAUUUUCAAUUGGUUCUACCCCAGCUUCGUCAGUUGAUUCUCAACGGAGUUGUCUUGCAACCGUCAAUUCAAUUUGGUCAUUUAUCUGAGUUGACCUAUCUGGAUUUAACAGCAUGCAUAUUUGCUGAGUUCAGUUUAAAAGCACUAGUCGAAUUGCCGAAUCUGAAAGCCCUCAUACUGUUCAAUGUAUGGCCGUUGGAUCACGAGUUUCCCACUCUGUGUAAGUUAAAGAAUCUGCAAACCCUAGAUCUGUCAGUAUCCAGAGCAAAUGUUGAUGGAAACUACCUAACCCCAAAUAAGUUGUUAGCAAAUAUAGUGGAAAAUCUACCCUGUCUACGACAUCUUGACAUUUCCGGGACAAAUCUUGCUGGCGAUGGCGUAGCGACAAAAACAAAUAAUACAGCCAAGCGCUCGGACAUACCGGGAUUGACUAGUCGUGCUGAUCGGCCCUUGGAUUUUCUAGGUCUUUAUUAUACAGCACAUUCGGCCUGCAAAUGGCAUGAUAUUCCGGCUAUAAAGAUCGCGGGUGAAGCAACGGAGGAGCAGAUUCUGGUAGCUGCAUCCGUUUAUCAGGAUCGACACGAGCUUCUAACCAAGGUACUAAAUGAUCUCUACCAUCUGCUGCGGUUUGAAACUUGCAAACAAAUUCACAAAGCGUUGGAUGUGGUGUUGUCUGCAAUGGAUAAACAUAUUCGAGUGAAAAAUAUUCAAAUCAGUGGCAGUGCCACUUUGUUUUACAUCGUAAAAGGACGAAACAAAAUUCAAUUUGGAGUACCGCUGAAGAACCAUAUCAUUCAUACGCUUUUGAACGGAAUGUCAACACAUUUGACUGACGAUACAAUGAUGCGCAAUGGUUGUCUCACGCUGUGUCAGUUUAACAUACCGCAAGAUGUGUUAUUUGAAUACGAAAGAUUGGUCCGAAUUCUGUUACAUGGUGUGUCUUACCGCGAGCAGGAGGGUUUUGUACAGCGAAUAGCCAUCUAUUUAUUGAAUUCCCUCGCAUGUCAGGUAGAUGGUAGUCAAAAAAUGUUUCUCGGAGAUUUGGGGGCUAUAUCGACAAUGCUUAAUCUGAUUAGUGAUCGGCUAUCGCGCAAAAUAUUCGACGAUGUAAUGGAAGUUGCCUGGUCAACAAUGUGGAAUGUUACUGACGAAACAGCAAAAAAUUGCGAACGGUUUCUUGAUGGCCGCGGAAUGGAAUACUUUUUAGGUUGUCUGAAAUUGUUUCCAGAGAAGGAUGAUCUUUUACGUAAUAUGAUGGGCUUACUGGGUAAUGUCGCCGAAGUGAAGGACCUGAGACCACGUCUAAUGACACCGGAAUUCAUAACAGAAUUCGCUGAUUUGCUUGAUUCAUCUAGCGACGGAAUUGAGGUUAGUUACAAUGCUGCCGGCGUUCUGGCGCACAUCGCAUCUGAUGGAGAAGCAGCAUGGAAUAUCGUAGUGCCCACCCGUGAUCGUGUUCUGAUUCGUAUGGUGGAGGCAAUAGAACGGUGGGACUUAUCAGCCGAACGUAACAUAAACUAUCGUAGUUUUGAGCCGAUUCUUGGUUUAAUUCGUUGCUACCAUACACCUGCUUGCCAGCACUGGGCUGUUUGGGCAUUAGCAAACUUAACUAAAGUAUAUCCCACUAAAUAUUGCCGGUUGGUAGAACGCGAGCGGGGUGUCGAUUUGCUCAAGGCUUUGAUAGACCAUCCUCAACCGUAUCCUCGGCUCAAAGAACUGGCCCAGAUGGUUCUGACGCACUGCAGAAAUUUCAACGACCAAAUUGAUCAAUGUCGCAAAAUGGAAUUAGAUGGUUGAAAGCAGGAUAUUUGUGUUGAACUGUAACAGAGAACUUCAGAGAUACAUUGGGUAAGCUAACGUUUACAAAUUGAAUAAUCUCUGGCGUCUAAAGAUUUUAAGAUGAAACGGGACAUUAUUGAUGUUUAUGUAAAGGUUAAAGCCACAAAGUAAGCAUAGAUAAUGUCAAAACAUUUAUAUUUCCCAUGUUUUACAAGCAAAUAAUACACUGAAAACAUUUGGCAACAUUAUUCAAUAAUGUCUGGUUUCUUCUUAUUAUUUGUUGAAACCAUUAUCGAAAAGUCAAGAUGUUGUUUGUAUCAACAAAUUUAGAAUAGGAUAUGUAUGAUAGUGUUAUUUAACAAUUUAAAUUAAUCACAAAGCAAACGCAGUUAGUCUCUUGUAGGUCUACGUAUGCCGUAAAAUUAUACUGGUUAUAAACAGAUAAACAAUUCUAGGCGAUCGACUCUGCUAUUAUUGCAAAAUAUUCUAUUCGUGAAACUGUUGGGUUCUGUUAUCCGUAACUAUACAUAUGCUACAAAGUUGGUACAUUGUUCAACAAAUGAAACAUGUGCAUACUCUGCAAUCAUAUUCCCUACUAUUUUUGAAUGCUUUUUCUAUAUUAAAAAAUGCUAAUUGUGCAACUUGCCGCCGUGUGUAAUUUGCUGGUAAAACGAAAGAACUGUAAAGUAGGUUACAAGUUUGUGUUAAUACCUCUUUAUUAUAUCCAACCUUUUUCAUUAACUCGUUUACGAAGCUACGUAGGUAGUUAGCUCCUUGUAAGUACUCCUUUUCCCAAUACACAUUUGAAUCGAUUUUUCUGUAAUUUACCAUUGGUAAUACAGCAUUUUUUGUAUAUUUUGCAGAAAAUUAGUCUGAACAUUUGAAAAUCAUUAUCAUGGUUUUUAAUGGUUAUUAAAUAGUCUAAUAGCCAUAUGGCGUUCCACUCCCACUUUGAUACUUUUUUCUAAAUUGGUGAAAUGCUUUUUCGAAAGUUUUUUUUUUCAAAACAAAACACGUUAUGAAUUGUGUUUCGUAAUGUUCAGUUGGUUACAGAAUUUGCUUUCGUUUUAUGUAAAUUAACUGUAGUUUUUAGAUUAAAGAACUAGCUUUUUGUCUAAUGUGUAUCUAUAUAUAAUCGACACUUCGAUUGUGAAAAUUAUAAAUACAAAUAAAGAUAUCAAAAUAG